AUGACUUCAACUCAAAACCCUCCUCAUUUUGUAUUGUUUCCGUUCAUGUCCAAAGGCCAUACAAUCCCGUUGCUCCACCUAUCCCAGCUUCUCGUCUCCCGCGGCGUUACACUCACCCUUUUCACCACAAAAGCCAACCGACAAUUCAUCGCCGACUUUCUCCACCGACAAUCAGAUUCAAUCUCCAUUGUUGACCUGCCAUUUCCUAACCAAGUUGAAGGAAUACCUCAAGGUAUAGAGAGCACCGAUAAGCUCCCUUCUAUGUCCUGCUUCCCGCAAUUUGCCACUGCAACCAAGCUUAUGCAGCCAGACUUUGAAGAAGCACUCGAGAAAAUUCCCCAUGUGACCUGCAUCGUUUCUGAUGGGUUUCUGAGUUGGACUCUUGCAUCUGCAAAUAAGUUUGGGAUCCCUCGCCUCUGGUUUUUUGGCAUGAGUGCCUACUCCAGUGCUAUAAGUCAAGAAGUGGCUGUAAACCGGUUAUUGUCAGGACCUGAGACCGAUGAUGACUUAAUCACCGUGACCAGGUUCCCGUGGAUUAAAGUCACCAGGAAUGACUUUAUCGAGCCUUUUAAUCAACGAAAUCCCACGAGUCCUCAUCAGGACUUCGUAAUGGAAGUUACCAUGGCAAUGAUGAAUAGCUAUGGCCAGAUAAUGAACAGCUUCUACGAGCUAGAGCCACAGUUUUUAGACUACUUGAAUGGCGAGUCUAUGCCCAAAGCUUGGUGUGUCGGUCCCCUCUCCUUGGCUGUGACCGAUUCAUCGCCAAUCGUUGACCGGAAGCCUGAAUCAGAAUGGAUUCAGUGGCUAGAUCUAAAGCUAGCUCAGGGAUGCUCGGUUUUAUACGUAGCAUUCGGUUCUCAAGCAGAGUUAUCAUCCAAACAGUUGGAAGAGAUAUCAAAGGGUUUGGAAGAAUCCCAAGUGAGUUUCUUGUGGGUGGUGAGGAAUUAUGAGACUCGUGUUGUUGACGAGCUACAAGAAAGAGUGGGAGAAAGAGGAAUGAUCGUACGAGAAUGGGUGGACCAAUUGGAGAUUCUGAAGCACGAAAGCGUAAAAGGGUUUGUAAGCCACUGUGGUUGGAACUCGGUGUUGGAGAGCAUAUGUUCAGAGGUGCCGAUACUAGCGUGGCCAAUGAUGGCUGAGCAACCUCUGAAUGCAAGAAUGGUGGUGGAGGAGAUUAAGAUCGGUUUACGGGUUGAGACAUGUGAUGGAUCAGUGAAUGGGUUUGUAACAUCAGAAGGGUUAAAGAAAAUGGUGAAGGAGCUCAUGGAGGGUGAAAAGGGGAAGGAAGUAAGGAAAAAGGUGAAGGAGAUUGGUGAGGCUGCAAAGGAAGCAAUGGCGGAAGGUGGGUCAUCUUGGCGGACACUGAAUGAGCUCAUAGAUGAGUUACAGACUGUGAGAAACUCCAAAACAGACGAUUUUCGUAGAUCGGCAGGAUAUACAAUCUCUGCUACGAGCUAUGGAGAGGCAUAG